AUGCAUACCCUUCCUGCCGCAAAGGUCGUGAGCCACGACUUUCUCGGCAACCACAUCGGCGAGCUUCUCUUCCGCCAGCCUGCCAGCAGACCACCUCCGCCCUCGUCCAAUGGCAGCUCCAUGACCACAUCUGACUCCAAGACUGUGCGGAAAGGAUCGACCACCUCCCACCACACUCCUGCGCUCACAUCGGCCAGAUCCACCUCCACAGACGCACAGCACGCUUCGUCUACAAUCCAUGACCGCUCCAGCCUCGGCGCAGGCGCCACCACCACUUUUGGAGUUUCAGGUGAUCCUGUCGCCUCUCUACAACACAGCAACGAGAGCUCCCCUUCCGAGCCCAGCUCGGUCGACAGCAGGUACAACAGUGCAGAUGCCGACUUGAACCUCCUUCAUCUCAGUCAACUCGAUCUCUCGCGCAAGAGAAACGCAUCUGAAGGUGGCUCUUCCUCACCUCGCGUCACUUUUGUCACCAGCUUUGGCGCAAAGCAACGUCGCUCCGGCAGUCGAUGUGCGCCUUCCGAAGCGGGCUCUUCCAGCUACUUUGGCCUCAGCAGCAAUAUUAGCUCGGCCAGCAUGUCUCCUAUGGAGCCUUCAUCGGGCGCCAUCAACUGGAAUGUGCCCUUUCGCGAGCAGCACAACUCGUUUGCAAAAGCAAUCGAGCACAACCCUCUGAUCAAUCGCAAACCUUCCCCAAGCAGUCAAGCCUCCGAAGCUUCCUCAUGGCAGUUACCUCCACCAUCCGCUUCUCAACCCAACCCAGUCGCUGACAUUGUCACGCCCACUGCCUCGACAGGUAGUGGCGUUGGUAGUGUCAAGAGCCAGUCAUUUUCCGGUAUGGGCUCAUCUGCUCCCGUUUCACAGCGCAUCUCACGCGCGGCGACCGAGUCCACUUUGGACUCGGUCGCGCAGAAGCAGGCACAAGGGCCUGCUCUAGCAUCGCCCAAUGGACCAUCGGAGCAUUCCAGCAAAGGUAUGGCUCACUCCAAGAGCAUGGAUUCCACCACGAGUGGCGUGCGCGGACAUCACAGAAAGCCCUCGCUGGUGCAAAAAGGCGACGAUGGACGCACAUUCUGCUUUGUCAACGAGGGUGGCAGCGACGCUGGGUCGCACCCCGUUCUAACCGAGGAGCCCGAAGGUGCAGACGCCACGUUGACAUCCGUUCCCGAGGUCGCAGCUCCCGCGGCUACAACAGCAACCGCCAAGCCCAUGUCGAAGUCGUCCUCGCAAUCGUCGUACCGAGAGGUCGUCGAGGAGCAGUACCGUGCUAAACGGCGUACAAGUCGGGCACGAACGAAUGGCGACGAUGGGGCCUCGCACCCGAGUAUUGCCACGGCAUUAUUCGACAAGAUCACGUCGACUGCCAGUUCCAUCACUCAAGCGGCGGCACUAGAGGCCACUGAGAUCCGCAGCACUCCAACGCAGCAAGCGCACGCGGUCGUUCGCGGCCAGGAUACCCUACCGGCUUCUGCAAAUGUGCUCACGCUAGCUUCCUCGUUGAGGCCAAGCGGCUCGUCGAGACCCAUGCGAAGGCUUCGCAUCCAGCCCAACGUACAGUCUAGGCCGAGUCUUUUGGAAAGGACCAUGCAGCAGCAGCACAAGGCGAGUCAGGUCGCCAUCGCUUCCAACGCAAAUGGCGGAGUUGAUGGCGAGGGCGGCGCUACUGUUGCUUCCGCUUUAGUAUCGAGUCCGGUUGCUGAUGAGAAGCCAGCACAGACACCCGGACUCACGCCGGCGGCGGCGGCGAAUCAGGAGCGAUACGGCCCAGUGGCCUACGGUGCUGAAUCACGCACUUUUCGCAUCCAUCCAUCAACGCCUGCGACGGAAAACAACGACGUGGCGUUUGCUGGCCUUCCGGGCGGUACGUGCGCCCCCAACACCAGCAACAGGACCGAGCCUGCCAGCCAUGCGCGUACCAGCGACUGGGCACGCGCACAGAAUCUGUUCGCCGAUUCGCAGCAGCCCGCACAGAGUUCCGAUGGCGAACAUUCGGACCUGGAAGCAUCGUGCGCCUCGCUUUUGACGCUCGAUGGCUCUUCCGGCGCCGCGGCAGCGGUCGAGCAUGGUCGUCCUGCAGCUCAGUCGCUGAUGAGUCACCACACGGCGAGCUACAGCUCCGAGUCGACCGACAGUCCCAGCUUGCUCGACAACCGCGAGAUGCUGAGUCCGCCGGAAACGGCCAUUUCGACGCCCGAGUUGGAAUCGCCCCCCGAGCAUGCCUUGCUCAAUGGCGACGACGACGCUGGUCCGUUCAAGUUGACUCCGCGUCGACCCUCACCCCUCUCUUCCUGA